UUUGAGGAGAAUAAAAUUGUUAUCGUCUUUUCAGUGGUGUCGCAAUCAUACAACGCGAACGUUAUGGACGAGAGCGUGCUCAAGGGUAACACCGCGAUCUUCAAGUGUCACAUUCCAAGCUUUGUCAGUGAUUACGUCUACGUAACAUCCUGGCUGCAGGACGACGGUCACGAAAUUAUUUCCCAGGAUGGCUUGUAUGACAGCAAAUACUUGGUUCUCCCAUCUGGCGAAUUGCACAUUAAGGAUGUCGGACCUGAAGAUGGAUACAAAUCUUACCAGUGCCGUACGAAACACAGACUUACCGGCGAAACCAGACUUAGCGCUACCAAGGGACGAUUGGUCAUCACUGAACCUACAAAUAAUUUGCCUCCCAAACUCGUCGGCGAAAAAACUUUGGGAAGGAUUCUUACCUUCGGGCAACGCACUGACGUUGUAGUUUUAUGUCCCAUAUAUGUCGAUUUAGAACCUACCAAUAACGUACCUCCGAAAUCUUCUGCGAGGAAGUAUGGUGGGAGUGUCGUUCAGGAAGUUGCGAUUCAGAGCGACAUCAUCAUGCCCUGUGAAGUUUCAGAACCUACAAAUAAUAUACCCCCGAAAGUUUCUGGUAAGAAAAUCGAUGGGAGCAUAGUUCAGGAUGUCGCCUCGCAUAAAGAUACUGUUAUUACUUGCGACGUUUCCGGGUACCCCGUUCCAAAAUACAGGUAA